AUGGCAGAGACAUUUUCAUCCGUCCCUAUUGUGGACUUCGCUCGGCUGAACGAUCCCGAGACGAAAGUGGACGAACUGUCCAAGCUGCGCAAUGCGAUUUUCGUCGUUGGCUUCCUAUACUUGACCAAUACAGGACUAGAGAGCUUGAUUCGCCGCACCCAUGAAAGUCUACCCGACCUCUUUGCCUUGUCUACUGAGACUAAGGAGAACUGCAACAUGAUUAAUUCACCUUCAUUCCUCGGCUAUACGCGUCUUGGUGCGGAGACCACUGCGACCAAGACUGAUCUUCGCGAGCAAUUCGAUUUUGGCACACCCGGACAGAAGAUCUGGACAGAACAGGACCCUUUUUGGGAUAGACUUGAAGGACCUAACCAGUACCCGGACCACCCAGGAGCUCAACAAUUAGUCGAUGAAUAUAUUGCGAAGACUGAUGAUCUAGCGGAAUCAUUCGUGCGCCUCGUAGCAGAAUGUCUGUCUCUUCCACGGGAGACCUUUGAUGGCUUCAAGGGUAAUAUGAGUCGCCUCAAGUUCGUCAAGUACCCACCCUCCGCAGCCAACUCCCAGGGCGUUGGCCCUCACAAGGACUCAGCAGGUCUCUUCACCUUCCUGUCUCAGGACAACGUUGGAGGUCUCCAGGUUCUCAAUAAGAAUGGAGAAUGGAUUGAUGCGCCGCCCAUCGAGGGAAGUCUCGUCGUCAAUAUCCAACAAGGAUUCGAAGCGAUCACUGGAGGCAUUUGUCCAGCCACAACACACCGUGUCAUCGCCCCAACUUCCAAGACCCGUUAUAGCAUUCCGUUCUUCCAAGGCGUGAGACUGGAUCUGACCUUGGAUCAGCUCAAGGAGUCCGCUGCUCACAUUGUGGCUCGGAUUCCUGUCUCCGAUGACAAGAAGAAGCGAGCUGUUGAUGUGCCAAGUGAAUUCCUCUCACCCUUGUAUUCUUGCUUCGGUGAAGCUCACUUGAGAAAUCGCAUCCUGAGCCAUCCAGAUGUAGGCCAACGAUGGUACCCUGAGCUGUAUGAAAAAUACUCCCAGCAGGUUUUGAAAUAG